AUGAAUCAAUAUUCAGGUGUAAUGAGUAAUAGCAAUAUGUCAAAUCCUUCAAUGCCUACGUCAAACAAUAAAUCACCAAAACUUCAACCUCAAAUACCACCACCACAGUUAGUCCCACCACAACUCAUUCCAAUUCAUCAUCCAUCACCCAUUUUAAUACCGACACCAAUUCCACAAACCCCUACCACCAACCAAAUCAUUAGAAACAAAUUGCUAAACAAAGGCGGACCAAACUCUCCUGUCCUCUACUCGCAAGCACCACCAAUGUCACCAACUCUUAUUCCAUCGUAUUACCAACCACAGCCACAAGCAGGCGGAAUGGCACCCAACUUGAAUUUGAAUUCUCAACAUCAAGUCAAGCCACCCCAAUACCAAUUGGUUAGCUACGAUUCCUACAGACGUCCGGACGGCACCUAUCCUCAGAUUCCAUAUCAACCGGAAAUGUAUCCACCCUAUGGAUAUCCAAAUAUUUAUUACCAACCAUACCCCGUCUACCAUAAUUGGAGUCCAAGAAUGUAUCCAGACCACAUUCCAUUCCCAAAUCCAGCUUUUCGUGACAUUACAGAUUCACCGGCAUCGUUUACCGAUGUCAAGCUGAAACCAUCCAAUUUUUCCGCCACAAAAUUGAUGAUUGGUGAGUGGGAGGUAAGCGGUACUUUCCAAGCCGACAUUGUUGCAAAGUUUUAUUUUACAAAGAAGCAAAUCGUUUGGGAAUUAUUAAAAGUUAGUGUAAAGAGUAAAAUUGUAAUUUGUUUUGCAGAUGUGACUGCAUUAGUUGUUGAGAAUCUUAGUGAUGAUAUAACAUCAUUGACUGUUGAAAUUGCCAAACGUCCAAAGUUCUACAAGGAAAUCAAUCCACAGCCAAAGAAGAAUACAAUGUGGGGAUCGACUGAAGAUUUCUCACCAAACUGCCAAGCCUCAGUAUUUAGACGUCAUACACUCCACUUUAAAAAGGCAUCACUGGCCAAGAAUCUAGAGAAACUUCAACAAUCCGAUCAAAAGUUACGACAACUACUUGUAUUUAAUCAAUUUACUACCGACGAUGUUUAUUUGCCAGGCGAGAAUCCAAGUUCUCCAGACUACUAUUUAAAUCAAGAGAGAGGAACAUCCAAGAGUUCAUCAUCAUCAUCAUCAUCAUCGACAACAACAACAUCCAAUUCUGGCUCCAAUUCCAAUUCCAACUCUCCUCAGAUUUCAAAUAGUACCAUUGGAGCUCUGGAGAAUUCAUCCAAUUCCAAUGCGAUUCCACAAUCACCAGUCUCCUCCUCACCAUAUUCCAACCCAUCCUCCGAUUUCGGUUGCUCUUCCAACAAUCCAAACGGUAUGCUUGGUAUGAGUGAAGACGAGCUAAAGUCAGCCAGCAAUCCAAACUAUCCCGGCUACUACGGUGGAAUGAGUUCAUCCAUCUACUCACCAUCCUAUACAAACAUACAAGUGAAUCCAACCAUUGGUCAAUCGAGCAUAUCACCUCCACAGGCACAAUCUCAUCUCUUGCAGAUGGUACAAGUUUCCCAACAACUUCCAGGUAAUAGCAGUAACAAUACUACACCACUAGCCAGUGCACCAACAUCAAGUGAUAUCGAGAAACAAAAAUGUAUUAAUACAACAUCAACAACAACUACGACUACAACAACAUCAUCAUCGAGCACAACAUCCACCGACUCAUUGAUAUCCAUCAUCGACCAAUACAACCAUCUUUUACCACAAACGACUGCGCAAGGAGCCAUUGAAAACAAUCCAAACAAUUCGACAUCCUCAUUGAGUACAGCGUUAGCACCAACCAAUUUCUACAAUUUUUCGACACAGCCAUCGCUAAUCAAUCAAGUACCAAUAUUUAAUUAUCAUCCAUCCAUUGCCAAUCUAUCAAAUUCAUCACUUAGUCAGCAACAACUCCAAGAACAACAACAUCAACAACCAACAAUAACUUUUAAUCAACAACAACACCCAAUCGACACUAAAUAUCAACUUCCAAUCGAACAACUUUCAUUUAACAAUCAACAAACUAAUUCAUUUUCCAACAAUCAACCAUACACUCCUCACACUUUGCUUCCACUCAAUGUAACCAAUUUUAUUAAUCAACCGACAACCGCAGAAACCAUUCCAAAAACCAACAGUCAUUUAAAUUUGUCAAACAAUAGACACCAUCCUUAUUCUCCAAAUCCUACAACAGGGAUCACUGAAGAUGAUAACUAA